AACGAGACCAUAGAGUGAGGUAAAACAAUCAAAAUGGCGACGUGUUGAUAAUUUUUCCAGACAGAACACAAAUGAUAUGCCUUAAAGACAAUAUUUGUUGAUCCAAUUUUUUCAAAGUUGCCUUGAACAUUUACUCUGUUACUAUAUCGACCUUUAAAGCGAAAGAAAUAAAGGAUAUCAGCAUUAGUUGCAGAUUUAUCAGCUGUAGAACUGGUCAGAUCAGAACAGAAGUAAAAUCAAUUCAAGGGUGAAACAAAGGAAAAAUGCCUCCCAAGUUUGUCAGAAAGCCUGACCGGGAUGACUAUGCGUCCAGUGGUGCAUCAGAGCGGAUGAACUUGCUUCAGGACAACUCCGAUGAGGAAGACUUUUUCUUGAAUGGACCAAAUGCCCGUCCUGGACGGUUGGUUCCUAAGAAGGACAAGAAAGUUGCCAGACUUCAAGGCCAGGUAGAUGAAGUGAUAGAUGUGAUGAAGGAUAAUGUGGGCAAGGUGCUGGAACGAGGUGAUAGGUUGGAGGAUCUACAGGACAAAUCUGAAAAUCUUUCCAGUAACGCUGAUUUAUUCCGAGUUCGAGCGAAAGGACUAAAGACGACAAUGUGGUGGCGAGAGUGUAAGAUGCGGGUUAUCCUUGUGCUAAUUGUGGUAGUUAUCUUAUGUAUCAUCAUCAUUCCAAUCAUUGUCCAGAAAACUAAACACUAGUAAAAGCUAUGGAUAGUGUCAAAUGAUCUGUUGUGCAAAUGUGCAAAUGAACUUUCAACCAACAUGACUGCCUGGUAGGAAUAUGUCUAGAGACUGCAGUGAAGGAAUUACUUCAGAUGUUCUCUUUUAAUUGUCUUUACAAUAGUUGAAGAAAUUGUAAGAUCAUCUGGAAGCAAUAAUGUCUGCUUCAAUGUUGGUAACAUUCAAUAUGGUGAAUUGUAAAGUCUGUGGGAAUAUGUCUGCAUUCCAUCAAUGACUCAAGUGUUGAAUUAUAUGGGAACAAGCAACUGGGUCCAGGGUUCAAACUGUGUGACCUGACUGCACCUAAAACAUUGUACUUGUGUUAGCCCUGCCUUCUUCUUCCAAGGCUGAUUGAGUGUGCGAAUUCUAAGUCCUUGACGGAGUCUGCAAUCGAUGCCUGAAAAUGUGUUGUAGCCAAGAGGUGAGAUGGGUCAUCCUGGUAUGAGAAAUCUAAGUGAUUUUAUACAAGUCAAACAGCUCAUCUCCCAGUUCGAAGUUGUUAUCUAUGUAAUCCAAGCAUGUAAUAUGGAAAAACUUUGAAAUUCUACUGUUUCGAUCAAUCAUCAAUACUCGAGUUAUGGAAAAAUACGUAAUGUCAUAAGUGAGGUGGUUGGGUCAUCUUUUGGCAAGUUAUGUUCUAUGACUUGUAAAACACUUUCGACUUACUGCUUUGUAUAUUGCACAAUUACUUUUGGGUGGAAAGUGUAAUUUUAAAAGUUUUCCAGUAAGAAAGAAAACACCUCCAAGUGAUCAUUGUCAUGAGCUGCAUUUGAAAAUACAUGUAGGAUUAUAUGCAUGAAUGGAAGCACAAGAAUAUAUUGAUUGUAACAUUGCACCUAGGGGGAAGAACGUAACAUACAUGUAAGUGUUUGUGCAUCUGUCCAUUGUUGUCUGUGUUGUAUGAUGUUAAUUGUGAUGUAAAGCAGCUCUUGCCUCGGCUGUUAAACUGGUAUGGUUGAUCUGUAGUUAAGGUCCCUGCAAGAUUGUAUUGUUAAGAGGUGUGGUUGGCAGAAAGACGUCAUUAUUUGAUGAAAUGAAUUAUUCAACUUUGAACUGUGCUUGCCCACACGAUUUCCAUCAUUAUCAUUCGUUGUUUGCGUAUGAAAUUUCUUACGCUGCUCUAAACAUUUAUUCUGGAGUCAAAAAGUUCCAAAAAGUGAUGCAAUCAAAAAGCCUUGCGUGUUCUUAUCAAAAUGUGACCCGCUCUACCAAAACUAGGCGCUUGUCGCAUCUGAACUUGACAGGUUGAUACGGACUUGUUGUUCAUUUCCCUAUUGUAGACCUUUUGUGAAAUGUGACCAAAUCAGUUUG